UGAAACCCUUGUUUGUAGCUGUGUAUGCCCUUUGGUCAGAAGCGUUGUAGAAUUAGGGAAGCGUUGUAGAAUAUUGUGGAAUAUUGUAAAUUUAAAAUAUAAACAGUAUAAAAUGAGAGUUAAAACGGAAAUGGAUAACGAUGACAAAGGGGUGAAGGGAGAUAUGGACCAAGGCUGUGGAAGGCAAAACUCACCACAAAUUGCCGAGAAACUCUUUGUUGGAGGUUUGAGCUGGGAGACCACACAAGAGACUCUGCAACGGUAUUUCUCACGCUAUGGUGAGGUGAUCGACUGCGUCGUUAUGAAAAAUAGUGAGUCUGGUCGAUCACGAGGUUUUGGUUUUGUUACAUUUUCUGACCCUGCCAAUGUUUCAUUGGUGUUACAAAAUGGACCACAUCAGUUGGAUGGGCGAACGAUUGAUCCAAAGCCAUGCAAUCCACGAAGUCUGCAGAAGCCAAAGCGCAGCAAUAGCUACCCUAAAGUAUUUCUAGGUGGACUUCCGUCCAACAUCACAGAGACGGACCUUCGGACGUAUUUUACAAGAUUUGGGAAAGUGAUGGAGGUUGUCAUAAUGUACGACCAGGAGAAGAAGAAGUCAAGAGGAUUUGGAUUUUUGUCCUUCGAGGACGAUGAAGCAGUGGAUCGAUGCGUAGCGGAGCAUUUCGUCAACCUGAAUGGCAAACAGGUCGAAAUUAAGAAAGCUGAACCACGUGACUCUGGCAAGAUGGGGGAUGGACCCCCUGGGCAGUGGGGGCCCCCACAAGGUGGACCCCCGAUGGGCAUGGGUGGGGGUAUGGGCAUGGGUGGUCCUAAUGGGCAGAUGGGUGGUCCAAUGGGUGGCCCUAUGGGACCAAUGGGACCUCCUGGCAACAUGAUGCAAGGUUAUCAAGGCUGGGGCACUCCACCACAAACAACAGGCUACCCAGGGCACUGGGGCCCUUCCCCCUCCAAUCAGCCACCGGUUAAUGCAGGAUAUGGCACUCCGUCCGGUCCAGGCGGCUACCAAGGCUGGGGUGCUCCUCCAGGACCUCAAGGACAACAGAUGCCACCACCACAGUGGGGUUCUAACUAUGGUGGGCCACCACAACAGCAGGGAUAUGGCUCUUACGGGCCCCCACAGGCAGGUCCACAAUCAGGGUAUGGGGGGAACUGGAAUUGGAAUAUGCCUCAGAAUGGCCCCCCAGCUCCUGGUGGCCCACCAGGACCCUCUCAAGGCCCCCCUGGCCCUCAGGGUGACAUGUAUUCUCGUGGAUCAGCGCCUGGUCCAACUGCAACGGCACCAGCUGCUCCCGCAGCGCCUGGGGGUUCAACAGCAGGCCAACAAAAGUCGGGAAGCGAGUAUGGAGGUGGUUAUAGCAGUUACAGUGGUUACCAGGAUUCAUCAAGCUACACUGCAGGAAGGAAUUAUGCUGGCGAUGGUACCAGCCAGACAGGGGGCGGUUACUCCGGCCAUCCCCCUGUACCAGGGCAGGGCGACACAGGUGUGGCGAGUUCAAGUUACACGGGGGGGCCAGGACCACAGCGAGGAGGCAACUACAGUCAGCCCAGCCAAGCCCCAAGUUUCCACCCGUAUCGCCGCAUGUAAGUUGAAGCGGGCGGCGCAAGACAAGAAGACCAUUUUGUAUAGACUAAGGAAUUGUAUGCACGUAUCAGCGAGGAGUUGCAGUAAAACCUUGUUAAUUUUUCUGUUUAUUUUGAUG